UAGUGAAGGGGGCGGGGAGGCAGGGAGGGAGAGGGGUGUGUGUGUGUGAAUAAUUCAGUAUAAAACACCCCUACUCCACACAGACCGUCUCCACGCCCGUCCAGGAGUAACGUUGGCCUCUGCUUCAGCAAAGUAACCAAACGCAACAAUUCAUCUAAACACAAUGUCCACUCUCUGGUGCUUGGAAAAUGAAUCUAAAGGACAUCGGUUCACCUUCAUUCUCUGCCUCCUGGGUUUUCUGGCCCAAUGGAGUUGCCACAGCUACGCCGAGCCCAUCGAAAGUCCCAUCGCGAUUACCACAGUCAACCCCACGGCGAACAACCAGACGGCUGUGCUGGACACAAACACGACCACUGCCAACACCUCCAUGAACAGCAUCACCACCUUGGGGAUCGAAUCUGCCAACAGCAGCGUGGAGACAAGCACCGUCUUAAUGAGAGAUGGAGUCACCCAACUCUCCGAGGGAGAGCAUAACGCAGUACAAUCACAGAUAAAGGAUGAUAGCUCGAGGGCGGGAACGCCGGUUUUGUUUCAGGAUGAUAGCUCGAGGGCGGGAACGCCGGUUUUGUUUCAGGAUGAUAGCUCGAGGGCGGGAACGCCGGUGGUCUUCACCUCCCUGCUGGUGUGUGGGCUACUGGCUGCUGCUGGGAUUCUGACCGGCAGUUACCUGUGCAGCAGGAAGAAAUGGACCCCUCCCAGCAGGCGGCUGGACGAGGAGACGGAUGCACAGGACCGUGACAGCGUGAUGUUUUCUGUUGCUGCAGAGGACCGUGAUAAGCCAAAAGUGAACGGAGAAACGCAGGAGACGGGGGACAAGAGCCUGCCUGCCUCUGCGGCAGGGACAGCCCCGACCACUGUCACCAAGGGGCGGCUGGAGGGAGACACGGAGCUGUAGGCCACACUCUGUGCCUCACCCCCUCCCUGCGCAGCCCGGCAUCUCCACCACCUCCCCGCCAUUCGCCUGAAGGAAAGUAGCGGAAACCAUUUCAUUACAAAGGCAAAUCCAAACACACUCGGCCAGUGAACAGCCCAGACCCGAUCCAGCAGUGGGGAAGCUUCCAUGAGCGGUGGUAGAAAUAUAGAAAAUACGUGCAGGAGGAGGCCAUUCAGCCCUUCGAGCCAGCACCGCCAUUCAAUGUGAUCAUGGCUGAUCAACCAAAAUCAGUACCCCGUUCCUGCUUUCUCCCCAUAUCCCUUGAUUCCGUUAGCCCUAAGAGCUAAAUCUAACUCUCUCUUGAAAACAUCCAGUGAAUUGGCCUCCACUGCCUUCUGUGGCAGAGAAUUCCACAGAUUCACAACUCUCUGGCUGAAAAAGUUUUUCCUCAUCUCAGUCCUAAAUGGCCCUUAUACCUAAACUGUGACCCCUGUUUCUGGACUCCCCCAACAUCAGGAACAUUUUUCCUGCAUCUAGGUGUCCAAUCCCUUAAGAAUUGUAUAUGUUUCUAUAAGAUCCUCUCUCAUCCUUCUAAAUUCCAACGAAUACAAGCCCAGCCGCUUCAUUCUCUCAGCAUAUGUCAGUCCUGCCAUCCUGGGAAUUAACCUGGUGAACCUACGCUGCACUCCUUCAAUAGCAAUAAUGUCCUUCCUCAAAUUAGGAGACCCAAAUUGCACACAAUAUUCCAGGUGUGGUCUCACCAGGGUCCUGUACAACUGCAGUAGGACUUCCUCUGAAACUCAAACUUAAGGUGACAUUUGGUGGCGUUGCCUCCAAGAUGGUGCCCAACCAGGGGUGCCCAACCAGGCGACUAUUAGCAUGCGAGCCACAGAAUCAGAUCUACAAUCACACAUUACAUUUGCCCCACAUUCUCCAACCUCUCCUCUUCCAGCAACAUAGCUUACUUUAAUGCUGAUAUCAGAAUUUACUGGACUUUACCUUGCACUAAACGUUAUUUCCUUCAUCCUGUAUCUGUACACUUGUGGACAGCUCGAUUGUAAUCAUGUACAGUCUUUCUGCUGACUGGUUAGCACGCAACAAAAGCUUUUCACUGUACCUCGGUACAUGUGACAAUAAACUGAAAUUAAGAUUCUACUUCAUUACAACUACGUCGCCUUCGACUGAAUCUACGGGCAAAGGGAAUGGGGGGCAAUGUAUGGGCAUGGUGGGGUGGGAAAAACAAGUAACAAGGGCACUGGUCAGGUGGCCUAAUGGAGAUGCAUGCAGAUCAUGCCAACCACCGCUCCAUUGGGCCAUUGGCCAGUGGAUGGAACAAUCAUCUCACCUUAUGCCACCCACUCCGUGUCUCUACCAGCAGUGACCCCACCCCAGCAGUGACCCCUCCCCAGCAGUGACCCCUUCCAGCGGUGACCCCUCCCAGUGACCCCUCCCCACGGUGACCCUUCCCCAUCGAGCCUAACCCUUCCUGCCCCUCUCCCCUUUACCCCAGACUGAGCUGUUACAAUAUCCUCCCACGGGGCCAGACCCGUCAGCAUAAACCCAUUCUCGGUGAGGACCCCCCCCACACUGGGACACACACGACCAGUCGGCAGCUAAACGCCAGGCUACCAGGGUGAUGGAGAGUUGUGGAGAGAGAACACAAACUAAAGAUAAUGAUCACAGCAAAUCUCCUUUGUCCAUUCCCACCCUCCACCGUGUGACCAAGGGUGUAACGCAGGGACCCGCGAUACCCUCGGUGGGAGCGAGUAUCUAUCCGUGAGGUGGUUCCUGUGGCGAUGGAUAGCGCUUUAACAGGAUGACAACAAACUAUGUGAGGAAAUCUGAAGAGAAAUCCAUGUCCUGACUUUACAACACGGUUUCCUUCCUCCCGUGAUUGAUGGUUGGAAUGUCAUUAAACAACCUCUUCCUGAACUGUAGUCGACAGCGCAGUGUCAGAAGAGGUCAACUACAAAAUGUACUGUUGCCUUUUACUUCCCGCCCAAUAGCGACGUUCAAUAUGUUAAAUGCUUGUUUUUAUUAAAAAUGACAAAGGAUGUUUUGAGACCAACAUUACGUGUAAAUGCAGAGUGAACUUGUGGUCUCACUUACAGCUUGUCUACAUGUUACUAACACGGACCUUCUCCUAGAGUAGGUGUCCAGAAUGUUCUAACCAUGUCUGAUGAAUGUACUCUAAACAGAAAUAAAAGUGGUUGUAACUACUUGUA